GUGGCGGUAGUCAGUGGUUAUGGCACCGAGCACGAUCAGGAAGGCGAUCGGAGCCGUUAAGGACCAAACGAGUAUCGGAUUAGCGAAGGUUGCUAGUAAUACGGCUCCGGAGUUGGAGGUCGCUAUCGUGAAGGCCACGAGCCACGAUGACGAUCCGGCCGACGAGAAGUAUAUGAGGGAGAUCUUGAACCUUACUUCCAAUUCGAGAGGUUAUGUAAACGCCUGUGUGGCUAUGGUGUCUAGGCGGCUCGGCAAGACUCGUGAUUGGAUCGUGGCGCUCAAGGCACUGAUGGUCGUGCAUCGGCUAUUGGCCGAUGGAGAUCCCGUGUUUCAGCAGGAAGUCCUUUACGCCACCCGGCGAGGGACUCGCCUUCUCAACAUGUCUGAUUUUCGCGAUGAGGCUCAUUCUAAUUCAUGGGAUCAUUCUGCUUUUGUUCGGACUUACGCCCUGUAUCUCGAUCAGCGUCUCGAGUGUAUAAUGUACGAGCAAAAACAGAGAGGUAGCGGUAGUGGUAGUGGUAGUGGUAGCCGUAGCGGAGAUGAUCGGGUUGGACAGCGAGAGGAUCGAUUUAGAUCGCCACCGUCGCGCUAUGAUUAUGAUUAUGGAGAGUUCAGAGAUGAACCGGGAUAUGGUGGGAUGCGUCGGUCGAGGUCUUACGGUGAUGUAAACGAAUCGAGACGGGAGGAAAAGAAGCCGCCUACUCCACUCAGGGACAUGAAGCCCGAGAGGGUUUUGGGUAAGACGAGUCAGCUGCAACGACUUCUCGAUCGGUUCUUGGCUUGUCGCCCCACGGGAACGGCUAAGAACAGUAGAAUGGUGCUUAUUGCGCUGUACCCCAUCGUUAAGGAGAGUUUCCAGCUCUACGCAGAGAUCUGUGAGAUAUUGGCGGUAUUGCUUGAUAAGUUCUUUGACAUGGAAUACCCUGAUUGUGUGAAAUCUUUUGAGGCCUACGCCAGCGCCGCGAAGCAGAUAGAUGAGCUUGUAGCUUUCUACGGUUGGUGUAAGGACACUGGGGUUGCAAGGUCGUCGGAGUACCCAGUGGUGCAGAAGAUUACCGACAAGCUCCUAGAGACACUGGAGGAGUUUAUGAGGGACAGAGCAAGGAGGCCCAAGAGCCCGGAGAGAGUUCGUGAGGAGAUCCUGCCACCUCCUCAAGAAGAGGAACCCGCUCCCAGUAUGAAUGAAAUAAAAGCACUCCCUCCACCAGAGAAUUACAGUCCUCCACCGCUUGAGCCCGAGUUUGAACCACAACCACCUCCACCACCGGCACCUGUCGCACAGGACUUGGUAGAUCUAAGGGAUGAUGGCGUAUCUGCUGAAGAUCAGGGAAACAGGUUGGCCCUGGCUUUGUUUUCUGGACCGGCUAAUGGCAAUGCAAAUGGGUCUUGGGAAGCAUUCCCGUCAAAUGGACAUGCAGGACAGCAUGAAGUAACCUCAGCCUGGCAGACACCGGCGGCUGAACCUGGAAAGGCGGAUUGGGAAUUGGCUUUGGUGGAGACUGCAAGCAACCUAUCAAAGCAGAAAGCCACAUUGGGUGGUGGGUUGGAUCCAUUGUUACUGAACGGCAUGUACGACCAAGGUGCAGUGAGGCAGCACACGAGCAAUGCUCAAUUGACCGGAGGAAGUGCGAGCAGUGUGGCAUUGCCUGGGCCUGGGAAGAGUGCUACACCGGUACUGGCCCUUCCAGCUCCAGACGGCACAGUCCAGACAGUGGGUACUCAGGACCCAUUCGCCGCAUCCCUGAACUUCCCAGCGCCAUCAUAUGUGCAGAUGGUAGAUAUGGAGAAGAAACAGCAAUUGCUUGUACAGGAGCAGCAGCUUUGGCAGCAAUACGCUAGGGAUGGGAUGCAAGGUCAAGUAAGUUUGGCCAAGAUCGGUGGCGCUGGUUACCCCGUAGGUCCACCACCAAUGAUGCCAUAUGGAAUGCCACCGGCGGUCAAUGGCAUGGGAGCCGGCGGGUACUACUAUACACCCUACUGAUUUUUCACACUACUCUCUGUUUUUUUUUGCCCAAACCGUGUAUGAAUUGAUGCUGCAAAGUCUUUUGCAUUUGUUGUUCCUGUUCCUUUCGGUUAUGUAUGUUUAUUAUUUGGGUACUUAGCUGUGUUUUGGGAACGGAGGAAAGGGGAGACGGGAGAAAGAGCUGUGUUCAUCUUACCUGGGAUUUUGUUAUAGUUGUUGAAUAUGUAUCCAUCAGAAA